GACCUUUGGUUACCGUACUUCAACAUCACCACGGACAUCACUGCCUCCUCCAUGAGGGUCCACACCGACGGCUCGUUGUGGCGCUACGUCCGGGCCAGCAUGUCGCUGUCCGGGUAUUUGCCGCCGCUAUGUGACCCUAAAGAUGGCCACCUGCUUAUGGACGGGGGCUACAUCAACAAUCUUCCUGCUGACGUGGCUCGCUCCAUGGGGGCCAAGGUGGUGAUCGCCAUCGACGUUGGCAGCCGGAAUGAGACCAGCCUGACCAACUAUGGCGACUCCCUGAGCGGCUGGUGGCUGCUGUGGAAGAGGUUGAACCCGCUGGCAGAGAAAGUCAAGGUUCUGAACAUGGCAGAGAUCCAGACGCGGCUCGCCUACGUGUGCUGCGUUCGGCAGCUGGAGCUGGUCAAAGACAGCGAGUAUUGCGAAUACAUCCGGCCUCCCAUCGACCGAUACGGCACUCUGGAUUUUGGAAAAUUUGACGAGAUAGCGGACGUGGGAUACCAGCACGGGAAGACGCUGUUCGACGUGUGGCAGCGCAGCGGGGUGGUGAGCAGCAUGAUGAAAGACAGACACCAGGAGGAGUUCCAUAAGACUAAAGCCGGCCAUGUGGUCACGUGUCCCAACGCCUCCUUCACAGAUCUGGCAGAGAUCGUGUCGAGGAUCGAACCCGUGAAGAACGCCGCCGUUAGUGAGGACAUCUCUGACGAGUAUCAGACGGACUACGACGAAGAGGCCGUGGAGAGCGCUCUGUCUGACUUUGAGGCCUUCACCCCCGGCAGUGAGCACACAGAGGGGGAGGACACGGCUGAGACUGAUGAAGAACUUCCAGCUCAGCACCAGCUUAAGAGCGCUCCUCAAAGAACUCACCUGUGAUUGUGACUCUGAUGACUCCGCCCCCUGCAGGAUGAAAGCAGUGUCGCGGCCGCUGACUGAUCUCAUUUUUGCACUUCAAGCUGCUCUCAUGAAGGAGCGUGUACGGAAUGAUCGCAGCAUUUCAGUAGAACUCGUCUGGACUUCCCAGCAGGAAGGCUUCAGGAUCGGCUCUCGCCCAUCCCCGCAGUGCCAUUUCACACUGACUGAAAGUGGAGGCCAAACCCCAGUUCCUGGAAUAAAAGCUUCACGGAUCAAAGCUGCCAAACAGAGCCUUUGUUUCAGCUGAGACUUCACUCAGACCUGGAACUCAUCCGAGCUUCGGCUUUUCUUUGAAGACAUCCGAGCUCUCUCUGACUGUAGAACAUGUAGUCUGUGUGUUGGACUUCCUUUUCAUGGAGGAAGCUCCUGACCUUCAUGUGACCUUCACAGCAGAAGCAUGCACCAGUCCUGAGUGAACCGCCUGCUGUGGAUUGACACUAACUCCCGCCUUAGCUUUGAGUGUGUCCGAGUCUGUAGGUUUGGUGGAGCUGUGGCUUUUUUCUGUGUGUGCUGCUCAUCUAACCCCAAACCCUCCUAAUGACUGAAGAUAGACAUUGAAUCUUUCAGUCGAUCAAUAAUGGUUCUUUUUCUCUGUAUUUUAUAAUUAUAUUGGUUGUAACUGC